GCGGCAGCAUCAAGCACACGUACUAGCUCACGCGAUCGAUCCAGGAGAGAAGACGGAAUCGGUUGAUCUCGCGCACGCACGUAAGGAGAUCGAAGAGAUGGAUGGCGGUGCAUCUUCUUCGCCGGAGAGCUACGUUAGGCUAGGGAGGAGGUGGCGGCGGAGGCGGCCGGCGAGGGGGUUCCGGCUGUGCCCGAGGAACCGGUUCUCGGUGCGGCGGCUGCGGGCCAAGCUGCUCACGUUCCUCGGCCUCGUCGGCCGGUGCGUGCGCCAGCUGGUGCUGGCGGGGAGGCUGAUGAGGCCGGCGGCGGCGGCGGCGGAUGGAGCUGGCGGGGGCGGCUGCUUACGGAGCAGCAGCAGCAGGCGGGUCCUCGUCGUCGGGGGGAAGCAUCACGACGGCGGGACGAUGCACGGGAAGCAUUACUCCACGAGGUGCCGGCCGGCGGCGGCGUCGUCGUUCAUGCGGUCCAACUCGUUCUACGCGCAGGCGAUCGCCGACUGCCUCGAGUUCAUCAAGCGGAACUCCGUCCCGGUCGAGGACUACGCCAGCUCCAGCGGCAGGAGAUCAUCGGUAGACCUGACUGCAAUCUGAAAGCCACAGUAGUUAAAAAAAGAAAUUGUAAAUUAAUGUGUGCUCCAGAUGAAGUCUGAAUUAAGAUGUGAAACUAGUUGUUUUGAUUCUUAAUACACACGGAUGUAAUUAACACGGUGUGAAAUUUGAGCCCCAU